AUGCGAUCUCACUUGGUCUCGCAGACCUUGGCCCUGGCAGCGGUUGCCUCGGCAAGCGUCACUUCUGCAACGUCCCUCGAGGACAUUUGCACGGCAGAUUACGUCAAGUCCAAGCUUCCGCCUUCUGACUUCAUCCAGGGCAUCACCCUUGACCCUUCAUCGGUCACUGCAAAUGCCGUACACAAUGCCUCCGUCGGAGCAGCGGCAACCUUCUACCCGGCAGCGACAUUCUCUUACUGCAAUUUGACGCUGGCGUAUUCACAUGACAGCCGCAGUGGUGAUCGAGUCCUUGUUCAGUACUGGCUUCCUGACCCCGCUCAGUUCCAGAAUCGAUAUCUCUCAACUGGAGGUGGAGGCUAUGCCAUCAACUCCGGAACCGAAUCGCUGCCUGGCGGGGUUAUGUAUGGUGCUGUGGCUGGUCGAACCGACGGUGGAUUUGGAGGCUUCACGGUGCAGGCCGAUGCGGCAAUGCUCUUGGCCAACGGGACCUUGGACUAUGAGACCCUGUACAUGUUUGGAUUCAAGGCCCACUGGGAGCUGAGUAAGAUAGGGAAGCAGCUCACGAGAAACGUUUUCAACAUGGACGACGGCACCAAACUCUAUUCCUACUACCAGGGUUGCUCUGAAGGAGGCCGUGAAGGAUGGAGUCAGAUCCAACGCUUUGGGGACGAAUGGGAUGGCGCCGCGAUUGGGGCUCCGGCUUUCCGCUGGUCAUUCCAACAGACUCAACAUCUGUACUCCAACAUCGUGACCAAGACUCUGGGCUACUUUCCACCACCCUGUGAGAUGGACAAGAUAGUCAACGAGACGAUCUCAGCUUGCGACUCUUUGGAUGGGUUGAAGGAUGGAGUGGUCUCCCGAUCAGAUCUGUGCCAAUUGCACUUUGAUAUUUCCAGCGUGGUUGGGCAGCCUUACUACUGCGCUGCUUCGCCGGGUGGUUUCAGCUUUGGGAUGCGAACAUCUGCUACCCCCGAGCAAAAGGGAACGGUCAGCAAGGAAGCCGUGGAGGUCGCCAAGGAAGUGAUUCGUGGCCUACGCGACUCGCAAGGUCGACAGGUGUAUCUGUCAUAUCAGACCGCGGCGACCUUUGCCGAUGUCAACACUCAAUACAACACUUCCAGCGGGAAAUGGGAGCUCUCUGUCAACGGACUCGGCGCAGAAUUCAUCGCACUGCUGCUUGACAAGAAUGGGACCAAUUUAUCCAACCUCAAUGGUGUGACCUAUGACACCCUCAAAGGUUGGAUGAUUGGUGGCAUGCAAGAAUACUAUUCCACUCUUCAGACUACAUGGCCCGAUCUCACCCCGUUCCAUGAAGCUGGCGGCAAAGUUAUCCACUUCCACGGUGAGGCCGACAACAGUAUCCCGACUGCGUCCUCGGUCCGAUACUGGGAGUCAGUCAGGGAGAUCAUGUACCCUCAUCUGUCUUACAAAGAUGGUGCCAACGCCUUGAAGGAUUGGUACCAACUCUAUCUUGUUCCAGGCGCCGCCCAUUGUGCGACCAACCCUCUGAUGCCCAACGGUCCAUUCCCGCAGACAAACUUGCAGGUUCUCAUUGACUGGGUCGAGAAAGACGUCAGGCCCGUCACUCUCAAUGCGACCGUUCUACAGGGAGAGCAUCUGGGUGAGAAUAGGCAAAUCUGUGCCUGGCCUCUGCGACCCAUGUGGAAGAAUGGAAGUAUGCGGUGCGAGUACGACCAGAAGUCGAUUGACACAUGGCACUAUGAUCUGAACGGUGUGCCAAUCCCAGUAUACUAA